AUGAGAAAGAAUAGAAAAAAAAAAAAUUUUUUUAAAGAAAAUAAUAUUCCUAAUAAUAAUAAGGGUAAAUGGUUAUUUUCUGGUUUAACUAUCACAGAAUGUAAAAUUGCAAUAAACAACAGAUGGAAUGAAUUUCAAAUCAUAAAUAAAUGUGUAGAAUAUCGUAAUUUUAAAAAAAUAAAUAUUAUAGAAGUUAAAAAAUCUGAAUUAGAUUCAUCAUUAGAUAUUCUCGAAAAUAUACUUGAUGGUAAUAAAACUACAUUUAAAUCCCUACCUGAAGAUUAUAAAAAAGACAAAAUAGAUAAAUUAAUUGAUGAUUUUUUACCACAUGGUGCAAAACAAAAUGAUCUUAAAAAAGCAAUAUCUGAUAAAAGAAAUAUUUUUAGAUACAAAAUUAAUGAACCUAAUAAUAAAUUUGAUAAUGAUAGUUUAGAUUCAAAUAAAUACGAAAAAAUAUUAAAAUCUAUUAAUGAAACUGAGAAAAUAGUAUUUGAUAAAUGGAAAAAUAAAGUAACCCCUGAAUUUCUUAAUAAAUUCCUAGAAAAAUUUAUUAAUAGAUCUAAAGACAAAAAUCUUGAAAAUUGGUUAAGAGAAAAUAAAAUUGAAGAAGGUCAAAAUAAAUUGUUAGGUUAUACAUUACAUGAUAAACCAAUAAAAAAAAUAAGAGUUGCUGAGAUUAGGGAUAGAAAAUUCACUGGAAACAUCAUCAAUGAUUUUGAAAUAUCAGGUGAUGAAGUGGAAAAAAUCAAAAAUAAUUUUGAUAAAUCAUUAUCUGGAACAUAUAAAUUACCUUAUAUUUUUGAUUUAAUAGAUUUUAAUCCAGAAAAACUAAAAAAUGUUGAUGGUAGUUAUAAUUUAGAUAAUUUUGCUAAAAUAAAAGAAGUUAGCAUAAAAACAAAAAUAGGUAUCGUAAAAAGAAAAAUAGUAGAUGUUGAUAGACCAGGAAUUCUACCUAUUUUAACUGGUAGUGGAAAAACAACUAAAUUAGUAAGAUGUUUGUUAAUAUGUAUAUUUCCUGGAAAACAUAUUAUCUUGAUUACAUCUAAUGAAGAAUUAGCUGCUGAUGCUAAAAAUCAUCAUAAUGUAAAAAAUAGAAGUCUUGCUUCAUGGAUAAAUAAGAAUAAGGAAAGAACAGUAGUUGAUAAUGUUAAUAGUGAUAUUUUUCAAAUAUCAGAAGAAGAAACUAGUAGUGGAAUGAAUAUUGAUGAAUUACACGAUCUUCCCAAUAGUCAUGAAAAUUUCGAACAAGCAAAAAUUCAAAUAAAAAAAAAAUUAUUAGAUAAAGAAAAUACUAUAAUCAUAUUUGAUGAAGCUCAUUUUCCAAAUACAAGUUAUCAA